AUGUCAAGCACAGCUGCAGAAACAUCUCAGUUGGGUGUAAGCAACCAGCUUGCAUCCUUGGUGCCGACCUUCGACCCAAGUCGAGAUGAUCUGGUGACCUAUCAACAGAAAGUUGAGUUGGUGACGGCCGCAUGGCCGAAAACAAAACUGGCCGAGUUGCAGACGCGACUCAUUCUCAAUACAACAGGUUCAGCUUUUCAGAAGCUACAGAUCCAUCAAGCAGAGCUGGUUACAGGGGAAGAGGCAGCCAUCAAGAAGUUGGUGGAGCUCUUAGGUGGACAAUGGGGCAGAGUUCCGUUGGCCAAGAAGUACGAGGAGGCGGAGAUAGCCUUGUUUCAUACCCAGCAACAUAGCGAUGAAACAAAUGAUUCAUACCUAGCUCGAGCAGAUGUGAACUGGAGUAAGCUUCUGGCCCAAAAGGUGACAUUAGCUGACUUGCAGGCUUUCAUCACUCUCAGAGGCUCUUGUUUGACGGCCGAAGACAAGAAGCGCAUAGUGUUGGAAUCCGAGGCAGCAGGUCAGUUGACAACCAAGAGGGUAGCAGAAUCAAUCAGAAUGUUGGGAUCGGUGUUUUUCAAUGACAUCACGGGUAACAAGCGAACAGUCAAGUCAAAGGUGUACGAUCAAACCGCAUUGAUAGCAGAUGCAUCACAUGAUGGGGAAGAUUCAGAACCCGUCUUCAAUGCCGAAGAUGCGAUGAACGAGGAAGAGGUUCUUGAGAUGCUUCUUCAAGAAGGCGACAGUGAUGCCCUGCUAGUCCAUGACUUUGAAAGUGCCCUCAGUGAGACUGUACAGGAGGAUCCCGAACUUGCCAGUGCCUAUUCAGCCUAUCAAAUAGCCCGACAUAAGCUGAAUGAGAAGGCCCGAAACAGAGGUUUCUUUCCAAGCCGACCGUUCCAGCCUUCCCAGUCCAAAGGAAAGGGAUUUGGCUCGCGAAACUCGUUCAAGGGCAAGGGCUUUUCCAGUUUCAACAGACCAAGAAGGUCGCUCCAGGAUCGGAUUUUGUCAAGCAACUGUAGGGCCUGUGGCCAAAAGGGUCACUGGAAAGCAGAGUGCCCGCUGCGCCAGAACCAGCAGAAUGCAGGUUCCGCCAGUUCCCAAGCUCCAACAGGUACAGUAGUGACCGAGUCCAGCCUUGAGACGAUGGAUAGUUUGCCUCUAGAGUUUUUGCAGCUGCCCAGAUCCGAUGAAGCCGCAAUCGAUGAAGCCACUUUGACUUCAAUUCUCAUGCAGCGGUUGGUGAUAGCCCGGCCCAAGCCCAACAUACGUCCGAUUGUGUCAAAACCGAACACCAAGACCCGAAAAGCCAUGUCCCUGAGUCAGCGCUUGAAGGGUUUGCAGAUGAAGUCCGAACCAAACCCAUCCGAUGUAGCUCAUCUGAGCAUCCAAGACCUCGAGAACGAGAUGGUGGACUUCGGGAAGAAAAACUGCGGCCGCAGCUACAUGGAGGUGUGGAACACCGACCAAGAAUGGGUAGCAUUCAUGGCAGACCGCUACAGCAAGAGCCACAAUCCAGCCCACCGGAAGUUCCUUCGAUUCGUGGAACUCAUGGUUCAACAUCACGAGGAGCAACAGAUGCCUGUGGUGGUCCAGACGGACCUAGGAUCGACCGAGGGUUCUGGCCGUGUCGUCAACCCACCAAGGGCCAAGGCCAACGUGAAGUUCCAGCCCAAGGCAAAGGCGGGUGUGGCUCCGAAUUCUGGCUACCAGGAGCCAACCCAUUUUCCGUUGUUGGACGAAGAACUGCAAGAGGAGAUCGAGAUGUACAACUCACUGACUAUGGUACCAUCUCCCCUGAGCCAAAGCCCGGAAUUCAGUGCCAUGCAGGAGCGCCUGCUGAAUCUCGAGAAUGCUCUGACCAAAGUGGUCAAUCACCUGGAAACCCAGGCCAUGGAGCAAGCGAGCCAGAACCAGGGAUUGAAGGUAGACAGAAGUUGUUCCAUUGGAUUGUUCAGCAUCGGCCCCAACACCUAUGGUAUAGCCCAACAUGUGGUCCCUGGUCAUCCUGGAGUCAUGUCCCAGUCUCCAUUUCAAAGGCCAUUUAGAUGGGCCGUGGGAGCAUGGUGUCAGGUUGCAGAAACAUUGCCAGCCUUCGGACAGCGUUCAGUCCGAUCAGUGUUCCGAAAGCCGAGCCAGAAUCAGGAAAAGUUUCCAAAAUCCGCCUUGAGCAGUCCUGAGCCUCUUCAAGACAAGGAGGAGAAACGACGCCGACUCACGGGAAAACAGUCAACUCGACCACAUUUAGAGGAAUAUCAAAGUUGCCUUCAGAAGAUCCAUCAAAUAACCCCCAGAGUUGGAAAGUAUCAAAUCACAGAAAACCAUAUUUUAUCAGACUUGCAAAGAUUAUUCCCUGACAAACGGAUUGUGACAGCCGUAGCUUGUCGUGGCACUGAUCGCACUCUGGCACCACCGGCUGGGACGAUGCCCAGCAUGGCUCCAUACCGAAAAUCCCUGAUGAUCAUUCGAUCCACAGCGGCGGUGAAGUUUGAGACUCAUUGGGAAAAGUGGCCUGAACUUUCGAACCGUCAGCUAAUACGUCCUGCCCACAGUUGUCGUUUGAAUGUGACCAUGUUUGCCAAAGAUCUAGAGCCAACAAGCACCGAAGAGUCUCAGAGAUCAGACAGCGUAUCGCCGAGCAUCACUGUAGAUAGCCCGCCUCAAUCUGAAAGCACCACGAAGGAUGACGAAGAUCGUCCUGCGGAACCAACCAUCUCACUGGCUCCAGACUUGUCUCCAAGCCAUCCAUCGGAACAAGUCAGCCAAAGCACCAGCGUUUUGAGGUUGCCGAAGUGGGAACGCCAGAAACUCAUGCAGAUCCAUAAGAAUCUAGGCCAUCCUACCAAUGAAAGACUUGCCAAGGCCCUUCGAAAUGCUGGACAACGUCCAGAGAUGGUUCAGGAGCCUGACCAAUUGCAACCAAAAGGGUUUCGACACCUAUUGCAGCUUCGCGAGUCAGCAAGAAAGGCAUUCCACAUCGCUGACAACAGAAUCCCAGAAGAUGGCGUCCUACCUGAGGACAUUACCAGCUUGCAACAACAAAUAUCACGCAUGAGUCAAGACCUACCAACCAUCCCCGAAGGAGAAGAGAUCAACAUUCCUAAUGAACCUGAUAGUCCCUAUAGCCCCUCCAUAGCCAGUGAUCGCCGUGAAAGCGACCCAAGUCUCUCAAGUCCCAUGAGACAGCCUGACCAAGAACCAGAGAUCGAGAGUCGCCAGGUGUCACAAGCCCUGGAUGAAUCAAAUGCCACCAAUGAUCCGGAAAAUCACGAUUUCCAACUUCUCUGUGUAGAGGAAGCAGAUGCACUCGGCACCACCGAAUCUCAGGAUCUUGCUUGGAGAUGCGAGUUUGAUGUAACACUUCCUGAAAAUACCAAUGUGGAAAAUCUGUCAUCAACAGAAGCAUGCAUUCUGUUGGCGACCAAUGCCAAGAAACAGAGAACAGAAGUAAGAUUGCAUGAGCUCAACAAGCAAGAGAGAGAACAAUUCGAACAAGCCAAGGCAGCCGAGGUGGCCAAUUGGAUCCAGACCAAAACUCUGACCAAGGUUCUCAGACAUCAGAUUCCAGAAUCCCAAAUCUUAAGAUGUCGAUGGAUACUCACCUGGAAACCAAUUGACAAUACAGGGUCAAAUAAUGGUAACCAACAGGGGAAUAACUAUAAGGCUAAGGCUCGACUGGUGGUAUUAGGAUAUCUUGAUCCAAACAUUGAAGAAAUCCCAAGAGAUAGUCCCACCUUAAAUAAGACCUCACGAAUGCUCAUCCUUCAGACCAUCGCAAGUCACAACUGGACUCUGAAGUCAUUUGACAUCAAAGCAGCUUUUCUGCAGGGCCAGCCACAGGCCGACCGAGUGAUGGCUGUGGAACCAGUUCCCGAGAUCCGCAAAGCAAUGCAGAUGGGUCCAAAUGAAGUAGGCCAGUUAAACAAGGGAGCUUAUGGUUUGAUCGAUGCGCCAUAUCUAUGGUACAAAGCACUUGUUGGGGAACUCACUAGAUUAGGCCUGGAAACGAGCCCAUUUGACCCAUGUGUAUUCAUACUAAGAGGAACCAAGGGAACCCCUCAAGAAGGACAACUACUUGGUGUCGUGGGAAUCCAUGUCGACGAUGGGAUUUACGGAGGAACACCAGAAUUUCAAAGGGUCAUGGAUAAGCUAGAACAAAAGUACGCUUUUGGGUCAAAAAGCUCAACUGCCUUUACCUUUACAGGGAUUGAACUCACCCAAAAAUAUGAUCACAGUAUCGUUUUGAGUCAAUCGGCCUAUGUAAGAAAAAUUCCAUCAAUCCCCAUUGAAGUUCAUCGCAAAACACAGCCUGAAUUGCCAGUCACAGAGACCGAAAGGGGCCACCUGCGGGGCCUAAUCGGAUCACUACAGUAUGCAGCAACAAAUACCCGACCUGAUCUUUCAAGCAGACUCUCACUACUUCAGUCAGAAAUCAAUCAAGCCAACAUUGAGACACUACAAUCUGCCAAUCGACUACUUCACGAAGCCAAACGAUACCAUGAUGUAACCAUCACCAUAAAGCCCAUACCACAUCAAAGCUUCAGAUUCAUGGCUUUCUCAGAUGCAUCCUUUGCCUCAACUAAGAAACCCGACUCCCAUGCUGGUUCAAUUAUUGUAGGAACUCAUGAAGAUAUUAACAAUAAUUCCCAGUGCCCAAUCAGUCCUUUAACUUGGGGGAGCAAGAAGAUUCAGAAGGUCGUGACAAGCACCUUAUCAGCAGAGACCACUUCCUUGGCAUCCGCUUUGGAUCAGAUGGCUUGGAUCCGACUGCAUUGGCGAUGGCUACACGAUCCGAAAGUGCAAUGGCGAGACCCAGACAAUGCCCUACUUCAACUAGAACCUGCCAUUUCUGUUUCCACAGUGAAUGAAAAUCAAGAUGUGGCAAUAACUGACUGCAAAUCCUUAUUUGACCUGAUCACCCGGACCGCACCACCAUCAUGUUCGGAAUUCAGAGUUCAGCUCAUGGCUAGGUCGAUAAAGGAAUCGUUAAAGGAGGGCAUUCAACUCCGAUGGGUGCACACCGGUGCUCAAUUAGCAGAUGCGUUGACAAAGGCCAUGCAGGCACACUUUCUCAGAGAAACCUUAAGACUAGGACAAUACAGACUAGUGGACGAAAAUACAACCCUCAAAGCCAGAGCACAAUCCAGAGAUCGUGUUCGCUGGCUGCGUGAGAAUACAAGCACUGAGUUGGAUCAAAAUAUAAAAAAGGACGAGUGUGAAUAUCCAAUUGUGGACCCACCACUUGCUUCAGGUACCAUGGUUUGA